GGGGCUCGGGCGGAGCUGCGGGGGAGCUCGGGCGGCUGUUGUCAGGCUGGGGACCUGGGGUAGGGCUGAGGCCCUUCCUUGUUCUCAUUCAUUCUUUCCUGCCUACUGCAUCGCACCGGGUGUGCUGGGGGGUACUGGACUCAGGCGGAUCAGGAGACAGUUCCGUCAACAGUCACGGUAUAGAGGCCCUGGGAAAGGCUGCCUUAUGUACUGAAAAACAUUGGAGUCAUGGCCCCGAGUCUAGGCGUUGGUCCUGGGCACUCGGAAUGAGCCUGUACUCUACAAAUUGAAUGCUGACCAGGCCUCUGACCUUGACUCUCCGUAGUCUGCUGGCUGGAGUAGGAACCCAGCAUAGUAGGCUCCCUCUGUGGCACUGUGCGCAUCGGAUGUUUGCCUCCCAGACAGAGGGGGAGCUCAAAGUGACCCAGGUUCUCAAAGAAAAGUUCCCUCGAGCCACAGCUAUCCAAGUCACAGACAUCUCAGGAGGCUGCGGGGCCAUGUAUGAAAUUAAAAUCGAAUCAGAAGAAUUUAAAGAGAAGAGGACUGUCCAGCAGCACCAGAUGGUCAAUCAGGCACUAAAAGAAGAGAUCAAGGGCAUGCACGGCCUUCGGAUAUUCACCUCUGUCCCCAAGUGCUGACCGCACCCUGGAUACAUGACUGCUCAUGCUUAAAAUCUCGAGUGUACUUCGCUCACAGCAAUAUUUCAGAAAAAUCCCUGCCACCUCCAAAAAUAUCUAUUUUUUUGUUCAUAGACAUUUCUAUAAUAUAAUUAUAGGAGAUGUGUUAUCUAUUUAGUUAAUUAAAGUUCACAGGUACCUAC